AUGCGAGAGCCGCCUGAAGACGACUGGUCCUCCUCUGGCAGCGAGUCGCCGCCUCCAAGGCCAGCGCCAGCGCCAGCUCCAGCACCCCAUCAACAGCAUCAGCAGCAUCAGCAGCAUCAGCAUCAGCAGCAUCGUGCGCAAGCGCCGCCGCCAUCGAGGCGUCAAAGCAUCGCCAACCGCCUGCUGGGGGCCGUCCAACAGGUUCGCAAGGACAACAAGGAAAAGACCAAGAAUGAGCCGCAGCCAGCGCAAGCCAAGCGGCGCGCAUCCGUCGCCGCCGACAAGACGUCGCCCAUGAGCCGCAUCCGCACGUGGCUGGACAACUGCAACGAACAGCACGACUAUCACUGUUGCGCCGAUGACGAGGACAUGGACGCCAACACCUUCCACCCCGUCUAUCUCGUCGACUCGGCUGAGCGCUGCUUGGUCAAGGCGAAGCCGCGGGAUCGCUACCUUGCCCUGAGCUACGUCUGGGCGCCACUGGGCCAACGGCGCGGAGGACCCAGCGAGGUGGUUCAGCUGCUCAGAUCCAACGUUGAAGAAUAUCAGUCGGUGCUCCCCGAAGUGGAAAUGCCAGAGACUAUUCUCGAUGCCAUGUAUCUGGCAAGGAAACUGGGCUUGCGCUACCUGUGGGUCGAUCAGCUGUGCGUCGUCCAAGAUGAUGAUGUCGACAAGGACAACCAUGUGCGACACAUGCCCUACAUCUUUGCAAAUGCCUAUCUAACCAUCGCCGCGGCGCAUGGUGACCUGUAUACCGGCCUUCUUCCCAUCAGCCCGCGGCGACAUGCUCGUGAAGCCCGCGAAGCCAAGCCUGCUAGUAACAAUAAGGACCACAACGAGCUGCUUCGGCAGUCCAAGUGGAAUACUCGUGGGUGGACUCUACAAGAGCAUCUCUAUUCGCGACGAGUUGUGUUUUUCUUCCAGGAGGCUGUGACGUGGGAAUGCCAUUGCGAUCUAUGGCAGAAAAACUCCGCAAGCAUCAUACCCAAACUGCGAGGGGGCAAUAACCGACAGCAAGACUGCACCAAUCGUGUUUCUGAACCCGUGCUUGGUUUUCAGCAUGCCCCAUGGCCUGACUUGGACGAGUACGCUCGUAUAGCAGCCGAUUAUAGUGCGAGAAGGGUGACAUAUGUUGAAGAUACUCUAAGGGCAUUUUCAGGCAUCACCUCCAUGCUGUCCCGUACAUUUUCGGACGGCUUCAUGUUCGGAAUGCCGCUCAUGUUUCUCGAUAUUGCUCUGCUCUGGAGACCGCAGGCUUCGAUUCGACGGAGAGCGCCACCGCGAGCUCCCUUCUUCCCAUCGUGGUCCUGGAUGGGAUGGUGGUAUGAUGGUGUACCUGUCGAUUUGAUAUUGUGGAGAGCCGCGGCAGACUAUAUUGAAGAUGCAAGUUCAACGAAAGUAGGAUCAACCUCGAAACGCUUUCAAUCCUUGCAGACUUUCAGAAUAAAGAGCACUAUCACCUGGAACUUGACAGACAGGGCUUCCACAGUUCCCGUGGCCAACACAGGACUGAAAUACCGAGAGCUCCGUUCUCGCAAGAGUGCUGGCUCGCAGCUACCCCGUGGUUGGUCAAAAAGCGGAUCUUCCUUCAAGCAUGACAGCGACAGAGGAACACUCUUCAGAUAUCCUGUGCCGGUCGUGGAUCCUCCCAAAGAUGGACUGCACGCGCCAACACCCUCAGAGCAAACUUUCCCCGGACCGCUCUUGUCUUUCAAGACGGUCGCCGGAUUUUUCGACGUCGAUCUCGCCGAUACCAUGGCGCCCAAGGAUCACUCGAAUCCUCACAUUGCUAUUGGAAACAUCUGGGGCAAGUCUGGCAAGUGGAUUGGCGAGUUUCGAGCUCACGAUUCGUGGCUGGGCGUACAGACGUCCAACUACGAGGGAGGCGAAAAGCUCGAAUUCAUCGCCAUAAGCACAGGAAUGGAGCGCAAGGGCUCAUUCAUCUUUACUCCGGAGAAAUUCGAGGAGAACAAGGACGCGGACGGCAUACUGGACUUUGUGAAUGUGUUGUGGAUUGAGAGGAUCGGCACUGUUGCGUAUCGACGGGGAAUCGGCCAUAUUCUACUCAAGGCCUGGAAUGCGCAGGCACGAGAUCAAGUUGAUAUUGUUCUCGGAUGA